CUCCGCGCCCCCCCCCCACCCCCCCAGGAUGGCCGACCCCAUCAUGGACCUGUUCGAUGACCCCAACCUCUUUGGCCUGGACUCGCUGACCGACGACAGCUUCACCCAGGUCACUCGGGACCCCAUCGAGGAAGCCCUGGGGCUGCCCGGCGCCCUGGACUCCCUGGAGCAGAUGGCCCAGGACGGCGGGGGCGGCGUCGGGGGCGAGCCCGGAAGCGGCCUGGACGCCCCCGUGGAGGACGCGGCCCCCGCCGGGGCCCCCGCGGCCGACCCGGCGGCGGCCCCCGCCCCCGAGUCGCUGACCCUGCCCGACUACCCCGGCCGGCCGGAGAGCGGGGAGGCGCCGCCGCAGGCCGUCCUGCCGCUGGCGCCGCCCGCGUCCGGACUCCUCCAGGUCGCCCAGGGCCAGGAGCUCCUCGGCCAGGGGAACCCCUUCAUGGGGGUGUCGGCCACGGCGGUCUCCCCCGGGGGCGGGCAGGGGCAGCCCCCGCCGCAGCCGGCGCCCAAGAUCGUCAUCCUCAAGGCCCCGCCCGGCACCUCCGUCCCCGGUGCCCACGUGGCCCAGAUCCAGGCCCAGGCCGUCACGGGCACGGCCCAGCCCCUGGUGGCCGGCACGGCCAACGGGGGCAAGGUCACCUUCACCAAGGUGCUGACGGGCACCCCGCUGCGGCCGGGGGUCUCCAUCGUCUCGGGCAACGCGGUCCUGGCCACCAAGGUGGCCGGGGGCCCCGCCGCCGUGCAGCGGCUCGUCCAGCCCGGCCGGCCGGUGAAGCAGCUGGUCCUGCAGCCCGUGAAGAGCUCGGCCAGCGCGGGGAACCCGGCCGUGGGCGGGGCCCCCCUGAAGCCCGCCGUCACGCUGACCUCCGCGCCCGCCCAGGGCGAGUCGAAGCGCAUCACCCUGGUUCUGCAGCAGCCCCAGUCCGGCGGGCCCCAGGGCCACCGGCACGUGGUGCUGGGGAGCCUGCCGGGCAAGAUCGUGCUGCAGGGCAACCAGCUGGCGGCCCUGACCCAGGCCAAGAACGUCCAGGGGCAGCCGGCCAAGGUGGUGACCAUCCAGCUGCAGGUGCAGCAGCCGCAGCAGAAGAUCCAGAUCGUCCAGCAGCCGUCGGCGGCCCAGCCGCCCGCGGCCCAGCCGCAGCCGGUGACGCUGUCCUCGGUGCAGCAGGCCCAGAUCGUGGGGCCGGGGCAGGGCCCGGGCCAGAGGCUCACCGUGCCCCUCAAAGUGGUCCUGCAGCCACAGGCUGGUUCUUCUCAGGGGGCCUCCUCCGGCCUCUCCGUGGUCAAAGUCCUCAGCGCCAGCGAAGUGGCCGCCCUGUCGUCCCCGGCGGCCGCCGCCCCCCACGCCGGCGGCAAGGCCGGGCUGGAGGAGAACCGUCGGCUAGAGCACCAGAAGAAGCAAGAGAAGGCCAACCGGAUCGUGGCCGAGGCCAUCGCCCGGGCCCGGGCCCGAGGGGAGCAGAACAUCCCGCGGGUGCUGAAUGAAGACGAGCUGCCUAGCGUGCGCCCAGAGGAGGAGGGGGAGAAGAAACGCCGGAAGAAAGGCAGCGGGGAGAGGCUGAAAGACGACAAGCCCAAGAAGAGCAAAGCCUCCGCCGCCGCCAAGUCCAAGGGCAAAAGCAAACUCAACACGAUCACUCCGGUGGUGGGGAAGAAGAGGAAGCGUAACACCUCAUCCGAUAAUUCCGACGUGGAAGUGAUGCCCGCCCAGUCCCCCAGGGAGGAGGAAGAGAGCAGCAUCCAGAAGAGGCGCUCCAACCGGCAAGUGAAACGAAAGAAAUACACGGAGGACCUGGACAUCAAGAUCACGGACGACGAGGAGGAGGAGGAGGUGGACGUGACCGGCCCGGUGAAGCCCGAGCCCAUCCUCCCCGAGCCGGUGCAGGAACCCGACGGCGAGACUCUGCCUUCCAUGCAGUUCUUCGUGGAGAAUCCCAGCGAAGAAGAUGCGGCCAUUGUGGACAAGGUGCUCUCCGUGCGGCUGGUGAAGAAAGAGCUCCCCUCGGGCCAGUAUGCCGAAGCGGAGGAAUUCUUCGUCAAGUAUAAGAACUACUCUUAUCUGCACUGUGAAUGGGCGACCAUUGCCCAGCUGGAGAAAGACAAGAGGAUCCACCAGAAGCUCAAGCGCUUCAAGACCAAAAUGGCCCAGAUGCGACACUUCUUCCAUGAGGAUGAAGAACCCUUCAACCCCGACUACGUCGAAGUGGACCGGAUCUUGGAUGAGUCCCACAGCAUCGACAAAGACAACGGGGAGCCGGUGAUCUACUACCUGGUGAAGUGGUGCUCCCUGCCCUACGAGGACAGCACGUGGGAGCUGAAGGAAGACGUGGACGAAGGGAAGGUCCGCGAGUUUAAACGGAUCCAGGCCAGGCACCCGGAGCUCAAGAGGGUGGCCCGCCCGCUGGCCGGCGCCUGGAAGAAGCUGGAGCUGUCGCACGAGUACAAGAACCGGAACCGGUUGCGCGAGUAUCAGCUGGAAGGGGUCAACUGGCUGCUCUUCAACUGGUACAACAGGCAGAACUGCAUCCUGGCGGACGAGAUGGGGCUGGGCAAGACGAUUCAGUCCAUCGCAUUCCUGCAGGAGGAGUACAACGUGGGCAUCCACGGCCCCUUCCUGGUCAUCGCCCCGCUCUCCACCAUCACCAACUGGGAGCGGGAGUUCAACACGUGGACGGAGAUGAACACCAUCGUCUACCACGGCAGCCUGGCCAGCCGGCAGAUGAUCCAGCAAUACGAGAUGUACUGCAAGGACUCCCGGGGGCGGCUCAUCCCCGGGGCCUACAAGUUCGACGCCCUGAUCACCACCUUCGAGAUGAUCCUGUCAGAUUGCCCCGAGCUGCGGGAGAUCGAGUGGCGCUGCGUCAUUAUCGACGAGGCCCACCGGCUCAAGAACCGCAACUGCAAGCUCCUCGACAGCCUCAAGCACAUGGACCUGGAACACAAAGUGCUGCUCACGGGGACCCCCCUGCAGAACACAGUGGAAGAGCUCUUCAGCUUGUUGCACUUCCUCGAGCCCUCCCAGUUUCCCUCCGAGUCCGAGUUCCUCAAGGACUUCGGGGACCUGAAAACGGAGGAACAGGUCCAGAAGCUGCAGGCCAUCCUGAAGCCGAUGAUGCUGAGGAGGCUCAAGGAGGACGUGGAGAAGAACCUGGCCCCCAAGCAGGAGACGAUCAUCGAGGUGGAGCUGACCAACAUCCAGAAGAAGUACUACCGGGCGAUCCUGGAGAAGAACUUCUCCUUCCUCUCCAAGGGUGCGGGCCACACGAACAUGCCCAACCUGCUCAACACCAUGAUGGAACUACGCAAGUGCUGCAAUCACCCCUAUCUCAUCAACGGCGCCGAAGAGAAGAUCCUGACGGAGUUUCGGGAGGCCUGCCACCUCGUCCCCCACGACUUCCACCUGCAGGCCAUGGUGCGCUCGGCCGGCAAGCUCGUCCUCAUCGACAAGCUGCUCCCCAAGCUCAAGGCCGGCGGCCAUAAGGUGCUCAUCUUCUCCCAGAUGGUUCGCUGCCUGGACAUCCUGGAGGAUUACUUGAUACAGAGGAGGUACUUAUACGAGCGCAUCGACGGGCGGGUGCGGGGGAACCUGCGCCAGGCGGCCAUCGACCGCUUCAGCAAGCCCGACUCGGACCGCUUCGUCUUCCUGCUGUGCACCCGGGCGGGAGGCCUCGGGAUCAACCUCACGGCCGCCGACACCUGCAUCAUCUUUGAUUCGGACUGGAACCCCCAGAACGACCUCCAGGCUCAGGCUCGCUGCCACCGAAUCGGGCAGAGCAAGGCGGUGAAGGUGUACCGCCUCAUCACGCGCAACUCCUACGAGCGGGAGAUGUUCGACAAAGCCAGCCUCAAGCUGGGGCUCGACAAGGCCGUGCUCCAGUCCAUGAGCGGCCGCGACGGCAACAUCACCGGGAUCCAGCAGUUCUCCAAGAAGGAGAUCGAGGACCUCCUCCGGAAGGGGGCCUACGCGGCCAUCAUGGAGGAGGACGACGAGGGGUCCAAGUUCUGCGAGGAGGACAUCGACCAGAUCCUGCUGCGACGCACCACCACCAUCACCAUCGAGUCCGAGGGCAAAGGCUCCACCUUCGCCAAGGCGAGCUUUGUUGCUUCCGAAAAUAGGACGGACAUAUCUCUGGACGAUCCCAACUUCUGGCAGAAGUGGGCCAAAAAGGCCGACCUGGAUAUGGAUCUGCUCAACAGUAAGAACAACUUGGUGAUCGACACCCCCCGGGUGCGCAAGCAGACCCGCCACUUCAGCACCCUGAAGGACGACGACCUGGUGGAGUUCUCGGACCUGGAGAGCGAGGACGACGAGCGGCCCCGCUCCCGGCGGCACGACAGGCAUCACGCCUACGGCCGCACCGACUGCUUCCGCGUGGAGAAGCACCUGCUGGUCUACGGGUGGGGCCGCUGGCGGGACAUCCUGUCGCACGGGCGGUUCAAGCGGCGCAUGACGGAGCGGGACGUGGAGACCAUCUGCCGGGCCAUCCUGGUGUACUGUCUCCUCCACUACCGCGGGGACGAGAACAUCAAGGGCUUCAUCUGGGACCUGAUCAGCCCCGCGGAGAACGGCAAGACCAAGGAGCUGCAGAACCACUCAGGCCCUGCCCCCUCAGGUCUGUCCAUCCCGGUACCCCGGGGGCGCAAGGGGAAAAAGGUCAAGUCUCAGAGCACCUUCGACAUCCACAAGGCAGACUGGAUCCGCAAGUAUAACCCGGACACGCUGUUCCAGGACGAGAGCUACAAGAAGCACCUGAAGCAUCAGUGCAACAAGGUGCUGUUGCGGGUACGGAUGCUGUACUACCUGCGGCAGGAAGUUAUCGGGGACCAGGCCGAGAAGGUCUUGGGAGGCGCCAUCUCCAGCGAGAUCGACAUCUGGUUCCCGGUGGUGGACCAGCUGGAGGUCCCGACCGAUUGGUGGGACAGCGAAGCCGACAAGUCCCUGCUCAUCGGAGUCUUCAAGCACGGCUAUGAGAAAUACAACACCAUGAGGGCCGAUCCGGCCCUGUGCUUCCUGGAGAAGGCCGGUCGGCCGGACGACAAGGCCAUUGCGGCGGAACACCGGGUGCCGGACAACUUCUCCGACAUCGUAGAGGGGGUCGACUUCGACAAGGACUGUGAAGAUCCCGAGUACAAGCCGCUCCAGGGCCCCCCGAAGGACCAAGAGGAUGAGGGCGACCCGCUGCUGCUGAUGGACGAGGAGAUCUCGGUCGUCGACGGAGACGAAGUUCAGAUGCCCCAGCAGCCGGGCCGCCUGUUCUGGCCCCCGGGCUCGGCCCUGACCGCCCGGCUCCGGCGCCUGGUCACGGCCUACCAGCGCAGCUACAAGCGAGAGCAGAUGAAGAUGGAGGCGGCCGAGCGGGGAGACCGGCGACGGCGGCGCUGCGAGGCGGCCUUCAAACUGAAAGAAAUUGCCCGGCGGGAGAAGCAGCAGCGGUGGACGAGGCGUGAGGAGUCCGAUUUCUACCGGGUGGUGUCCACCUUCGGGGUGGAGUUCGACCCCGACACCCUGCACUUCCACUGGGACCGCUUCCGCACCUUCGCCCGGCUGGACAAGAAGACGGACGAGAGCCUCACCAAGUAUUUCCACGGCUUCGUGGCCAUGUGUCGCCAGGUGUGCCGCCUGCCGCCGGCCGUCGGAGACGAAUCCCCGGACCCAACCCUGUUCAUCGAGCCCAUCACGGAGGAGAGGGCCUCCCGCACCCUCUUCCGCAUCGAGCUGUUGCGCCGCCUGCGGGAACAGGUCCUCUGCCACCCGCUGCUGGAAGACCGGCUGGCGCUGUGCCAGCCCCCGGGGCCCGAGCUGCCCAAGUGGUGGGAGCCGGUCCGGCACGACGGGGAGCUGCUCCGCGGGGCGGCCCGCCACGGGGUGAGCCAGACGGACUGCAACAUCAUGCAGGACCCCGACUUCUCCUUCCUGGCCGCCCGCAUGAGCUACAUGCAGAGCCACCCGUCGGGGGCCUCGGCCCCGUCCCUGUCCCGCUGCCCCACCCCGCUGCUGGCGGCGCCGCCCCAGCCCCACGCCUCCCGCGCCGCCUCGCCGCUGCCCCGGCGCCUCGACGCCGUCUCCGAGAAGCCGCCCGACGGCGGCCCGCGGGGCCCCGGCCUGGAGAGCCUGGCCCUGAAGCUGGAGCGCGAGGCGGUGGCCAGGACCAGACCGGGCCCCCCGGACUAUGAAUCGCGGGGGCCGGCCCCCGGCCUCCCCCCGGCCCUGGCCUCCCGGGCCGCCGUCCCCCUCCGGAAGCCGGCGGAGGAGGAGGAGGAGGAGGAGGAGGAGGAGGAGGAGGACGACUCCGAGGACUCGGAGGACUCCGAACUGGACUUGGGCAAGUUGUCCCCUUCGUCCACGUCCUCGUCGUCGUCCUCGUCGGACUCCGGCUCCAGCUCCGAGGAGAGCGAGGAGGACAAGGAGGAGAAGCUGACCGCCGACCAGUCGCGCUCCAAGCUCUACGAUGAGGAGAGUCUCCUGUCCCUCCCCGUGUCCCAGGAUGGCUUCCCCAUUGAAGACGGAGAGCACAUGACCCCCGAGCUCCUGCUACUUCAGGAGAGGCAGAGAGCCUCCGAGUGGCCCAAGGACCGCGUCCUGAUCAACCGCAUCGACCUCGUCUGCCAGGCCGUCCUCUCGGGGAAGUGGCCCUCCGGGCGGCGCAGUCAGGAUGCGAUGACCGGGGGGCCGCUGGGAUCGGGCAACCACCCGCUGGACGGUCCCCUCCUGGCCGCGGGCGACUACGGCGACUCUCCGGCGCCCACCCCCCGCAGCAGCAGCGCGGCUUCGAUGGCGGAGGAGGAGGUGGCCGCCGUCAGCACGGCCGCGGCUCAGUUCACCAAGCUGCGCCGGGGCAUGGACGAGAAGGAGUUCACGGUGCAGAUCAAAGACGAGGAAGGAUUGAAGCUGACGUUCCAGAAGCACAGACUGAUGGCCAAUGGCGUGCUGGGGGAUGGGCAUCCCCUCUUCCAUAAGAAGAAGGGGAGCAGGAAGAAGUUGGUGGAGCUGGAGGUGGAGUGCAUGGAGGAGCCCCAUCACCUCGACGUGGACCUGGAGGCCCGGAUCCCGGUGGUCAAUAAGAUGGAUGGUACUCUGUUGGUGGGCGAAGAUGCCCCCCGCCGGGCCGAGCUGGAGGUGUGGUUACAGGGUCACCCGGAGUUCGCCGUCGACCCCCGGUUCUUGGCGUACGUGGAGGAGCGUCGGAAGCAGAAGUGGCACAGGUGUAAAAAAACGAGCAAGGCGGACCUGGGCUGUCUGGGUCUAGAGCGGAUGCAGUCGGUCAGCGCCCGGAACGGAAAGAAGGGUCACCUCCCCGAGACUGUGUUCAACCGGGUCCUCCCGGCCCCCGCGGCGCCGGAGACCAGCAAGAAGCAGGCCCGCAGGCUACGGCCCGACCUCUCCAAGAUGGUGGCCCUGAUGGCCGGGGGCGGCGCCGGGCCCCCGUCGCUGCACGGGACCUUCCAGCACGGCGGCCCGCAGCCCACCUCGGCCCCGGCUCACGCCAGCGGCGCGUCUUUGCCUUUCGUGCCCUUCGUGAUGGGAGGCGUCUCCUCAUCCCCUCACGUAGACUCCGGUCCGCUGCUUCGCCACCCCCACCACCAACCGCACCACCACCACCACCACCACCACCACCACCACCACCACCACCACCCGAGCCCGAGGGGCCCCGGCUACCCUCCCACGCCGGCCGCCGCCGCGCCCGGCCCCGCCCUGCGGCCGGCCCCGCUGCGGCCCCAGGAGGAGGACGAGGACGAGGACGAGGACGACUUAUCUCAGGGCUACGACAGCUCGGAAAGGGACUUCUCGCUCAUCGACGACCCGAUGAUGCCGGCCAACUCGGAUUCCAGCGAAGACGCCGACGACUGAGGCCCCCGGCCGGCUCCUCCCCCCGCCCGCGCCCCCGCCGGCCCUCGGAUCUCUCCCCCCUCGCUCCCGGGCCUCGGACUGCGGACGCGUGGCGGGGGCGGGGGAGAGACGCGGGGCCCGGGACCCGGCGGCGGGGGGAGUGAAGACUCGCACCCCGAUCGCUCCGGGACUCGGGGACCGGGUGGGAAGGGAGAGCCUUCAGAUAGUAACGUAACCACUUCCUGACUUGGAGGGAAGGAAUGGAGACUGGAACGGCCGGUGCGGCCCCAACC